AUGAUGGCUGGUUGCAGUUCUUCCGAUGCCCAGCAGUGCCCUCCCUGCUGCCAACCUGUGACUGUGAGUUGCCUGGGGGGUCACACAGAGCAGACAGUGCAGUGCCAUGCAGCCCAGGACUUCUCGUGCGGGCAGCCCUGCGGCCGGGUGUUGCAGUGUGGCAAGCACCACUGCCAGAAGGAGUGCCACAGAGCUGGGCCUGAGACAUGCAGUAGUUGCAGCCUGGCGUGCGACGGGGUGUGUCAUAGCGGCCACGCCUGCCCCCUGCCAUGCCAUGCGGGAGACUGCCCGCCGUGUGAGGAACCAUUACGGCUGGCUUGCCAUUGCGGCAAGACGACUGUGGAGCUGCCUUGCCACGAGCAUCUCUUGGCGACUGAAGCGGGGACCCUUGGGCAAAGGCUGUGCUGUGAAAAGCCGUGCCACAAGCAGUUACCACUUUGCGGCCAUCCCUGCAGGUCCUCUUGUCAUGAGGGCAACUGCCAGGGGACCGCCACUUGCAGGGAAGUGGUGACGGUUUUUUGCCGCUGCAAGAGCAAGAGGGAGUCGUGGACCUGCGGGGGGGUGCAGGAGGCGCUUGUGGCCCGGGGCCUGCAUCCGGGGUACAGCGAGGCGUCGAAGCCCAGGCUGCUGGAUUGUGACGACAGCUGCCUGCAGAAGCGAAGGAAGGAUAGGCACGAGGGCCGCGGCAACGAGGGCAGGGAGGGAGGUGCAGAAGGGGCGGAGUUUCCGAUGGAGGGGCUGUCACAGAGGGCGCUGCCUAGGGAGGGUCGGGAUGCUGCAGGCAGGUCACAGACAAGAAAGCUGACGAGAGAAGAACGCAGGAUUGCGGCAGAGAAGCGCGAAGCGGAGAAGAAGAGGCGCGCGAUGUACUCGAGGAUCUGGCGACGGUUUCUCAAGUCGCUGCCGGUCGUCUUGGGACUGAUUCUGGGAUUCAUCUUGUUUAGGUUACUGGCUGGCAGCAGCUGA